ACAAUUUUUUAAAAGCAAAAAAGAUGCAAUCAUAUUAAUAUAUAUUAUGAUACAUAUCUCUACAUGCAAUUCACUUUAAAAUUGACAUCGAGAAUUUGACAUCUCUCACUUCAUUUAAUGUAAAGAUGAUGAGAGAAGUAGCAGGUGGGUUUCCAAAAUCGUAAGCAAAUGAGGAAAAAAAAGAAAAGAAUAAAAUGUUAAUUUCAGUUGAAAAUUAAAUAAAAUUAUCUUCUAGAAGAUUUUAACCGAAUAAAAUACAUGUAUAAAUACGCUAUGCAUGUUGCAUACUCUUUAGUAAGUCAGAGUAAUAACAUUUUUUUUUUACUCUAAGCAAACUGAACAUGGAAGAAACAAUGAAGAGUUUGCUUGAUGAUUCUUUUGAAAGUGCAAUGACACUUACCAAUUCAGGUGCCCCUCAAGUGCCUGACCGUUACGUUCUUCCUCCAUCGCAAAGGCCAGCUCUUGGUUCAAGCUUAGGCACCAUAGAGACAACACUUCCUAUCAUUGAUCUCUCUCUUUUACACGAACCUUUGCUUAGAUCCAGCGUUGUCCGAGAUAUCAACAUGGCCUGCAAGGAAUUUGGUUUAUUUCAGGUUAUAAACCAUGGGAUACCACCAUCAGUGAUUGAAGGUGCCUUAGAUGCAGCAACACAGUUCUUUGACUUACCUGUGGAAGAGAAGAUGCUUCUAGUGUCUGCAGAUGUUCAUCAGCCAGUAAGAUAUGGCACAAGCCUCAACCAUUCAACAGACAGAGUUCAUUACUGGAGAGAUUUCAUUAAACAUUACUCUUAUCCUCUAUUAAAGUGGAUCGAUAUGUGGCCAUCAAAUCCUCCAUGUUACAAGGAAAAGGUAGGUAAGUAUGCAGAGGCAACGCAUGUGCUACAUAAGCAACUAAUAGAAGCUAUCUCAGAAAGCCUAGGACUAGAGAAAAAUUACUUACAAGAACAAACUGAAGAAGGCUCACAAGUCAUGGCAGUGAACUGUUACCCAGCAUGUCCUGAACCUGAAAUCACCUUGGGAAUGCCACCACACUCGGACUUCGGCUCGCUGACCAUCUUACUUCAAAGUAGCCAGGGACUCCAGAUAAUGGAUUCCAGCAAAGACUGGAUCCGUGUGCCGUAUAUUGAAGGAUCUUUGAUAGUUCAGUUGGGAGAUCAAGUAGAAGUGAUGAGCAAUGGCAUAUACAAGAGUGUGAUUCAUCGUGUAACAGUGAACAAAGACUACAAGCGGCUAUCAUUUGCAAGUCUUCAUAGUCUACCUCUGCAAAAGAAGAUAAGUCCAGCACCUGAGCUCGUUGGAAACAAUGCACCAGCCUAUGGGGAGUUUAGUUUCAACGAUUUUCUUGACUACAUCUCGAACAAUGAUUGUGUACAGCAAAGAUUCAUUGAUACACUUAAGAAGAGCAACUCCUGA